AUGUUCCCUGCUGAGAGCUGCACUCUGCGCCCGGUGCACGCACACGCACACCCGCUGAAGAGCUUCGCAGUCCCCGCCAUCCCCCCGGGAGCCCACCCCUCCUACGAGAACCCCGCCCUGCCCUGCACGCCCCUGCUCACACAGAGCGGCGCUCCCAGCCACCCCCACGUGGUGAAGACGGCCUCCAUCGGGACCCUGGGCCGGACGCGGACCCCGAUGAUCGUGACGGUGCCCAACGCCCCGGACGUCCCGGAGACCAGCCGGAUGUUGGAGGACGUGGACAGUGUCCAGGUAUCACAGGUACAGGACAUCAGCUGCAGUCUUUGCCUCAGCAUCAGCCCCUCCCCCUGCCCUCCUAACCUGACUGACCUGGGCUUGCCCCUCUCCCCCUCUCCCCCCUCUUCCCCCCUGGCUCUCCUGCAGGUCCUGGCCUCCCUGACGCCCUCCUCCGCCUCGCGCAGUAACGCCCCCCCUCCUGUGCCUCUCCCGCAGAGCUACGAACCCGACGAGCUGACGGAGGAGAUGGCCCACCUGGAGGGCCUCAUGAAAGACCUGAACGCAAUCACCACCGCGCCCUAG